AUGUCAAAUCUUCAGUCAGAAACUUCCACAGCAAAGACCGAAGGAAAGCCUGUCCGUUCUCGCACCGAAACUUCUUGUCCGCAGUUCCUCCGGAUAAUGGCUUUUCAAGGAGCCGCGAUGUCGUCUAAGGUCGCCUUAUACGCCGUCGUCUUUCUGUUUUCGAUUGUCGUCGUCGGGCGCCCUGAACCGCGACGGUAUCCUUAUGCUCAAAGUGCCUGUCCUAACGGUUCUCCACCUUUGCAGCUGUGUGACGCGAGGCGUCCAACUUGUCCACCACAGUACUACUGCUACGCUGUGGGUACGGUCGACGCGCGUCUCUACGGAUGCUGUACCGAAAUGCUCCCGUCGUAUUAUCCUCAAUAUCCCUCGCCGUAUGUUAAUUAUAAUCGAAUGCGACAGCGACUGAGUCCUCAAAGUGAAGCCGCUGAUGUUUCAAGAGAGGCCGGUCUACAACAGCCCUGGUCGCCGUUUCGCUAUGACCACAGUCUGACACUGGCCCAUUUGAAUCAGACUUACGGACGUCCUGGCCAAAAUUAA